GAAUGCGAGCAAUACACGAAGUGGAUUGCCAAUCCAAGUCCGGUUGUAAACGCUGCCAAGAUGGACUCUUUGAAAGAAAGCUGUGAUAUAAAAUAUAGAAGUGUAUCAAGUAUUUAUCAUACUUCCGAGACAUUAUUUUGGGCAAUGUUUGGUCUAAUUGAUCUUUCACAUUUUACGUUGAAGGAAAAUCACUUUCUUACGGAAUGGACCGGAAAAACAAUUUUCGGCAGCUACUCCUGUUGUUCUAUUAUCGUUUUGCUCAACAUGCUUAUCGCUAUGAUGAGCAACUCCUACCAAUAUAUUUCUGUGACGUACACUGACAACGAUAGGCAGACUAGAACAGAAUUUUAUGUGAGAAGCCCACCAUAUAGUGAAAAAAAGUAA